CCUGUAACUAAAAUGAUUACUCUCUCUCUUCUUCCUUCUCAAGUCCCGCCCUUUCAGCUACCGGUUCUGGAGAGGAAUCGGUUGCCAAAAAGGGCCGGCACAAGCGCCAACGUGUUCGGAGAAGCGGAAGUAGUCAAAUUUCACUGAGAACCGUAAAGUGCGGCUGGCUGUCUCCCUUUCCGGAUAACGACUACAGCUCCGACUCUCAGUGCCGGCCUUCCUCCUGGACCCUUGCUAAUUCAAUUUUUCCCCAUUCCCUAUCGUCGCCCCCUUCACCUUGGAUCAUGUUCAAGAAAUUUGAUGAAAAAGAAAAUGUGUCUAACUGCAUCCAGUUGAAAACCUCAGUUAUAAAGGGUAUUAAGAACCAAUUGAUAGAGCAAUUUCCAAGUAUUGAACCGUGGCUUAAUCAAAUCAUGCCUAAGAAAGAUCCUGUCAAAAUAGUGCGAUGCCAUGAACAUAUAGAAAUCCUUACAGUAAAUGGAGAAUUACUAUUUUUCAGACAAAGAGAGGGACCUUUUUAUCCAACCCUAAGAUUACUUCACAAAUAUCCUUUUAUCCUGCCACACCAGCAGGUUGAUAAAGGAGCCAUCAAAUUUGUACUUAGUGGAGCAAAUAUUAUGUGUCCAGGCUUAACUUCUCCUGGAGCUAAACUUUACCCUGCUGCAGUAGAUACGAUUGUUGCCAUCAUGGCAGAAGGAAAACAGCAUGCUCUGUGUGUCGGAGUCAUGAAGAUGUCUGCAGAAGAUAUUGAGAAAGUCAACAAAGGAAUUGGCAUUGAAAAUAUCCAUUAUUUAAAUGAUGGGCUGUGGCAUAUGAAGACAUAUAAAUGAGCCUCAAAAGGAAUGCACUUGGGCUAAAUAUGGAUAUUGUGCUGUAUCUGUGUUUGUGUGUGAUAGCAUGAAGACAAUAUCUCUGUGCUUGUGCUGAAUAAAUUCAAUAGAUGCUAAAA